AUGCCCUCGCUGCCCUCUCACUUGCCUGUGGAGCUGGGCUCCGUUCAGGAUCCAGAAACCCAGGUGGGCCGCCUGCAUCGCCUGGCUGUAGCCGGGGGCCCAGGCUGGGGCCUCGUCCGGCUCCUGCGGACAGGACAUCUGCCCUGGAGUGAGCCUGCCUGCCCCUCAGUUGAGCAGGUAGAUGGAGAGAACUCAGCUGGGCAAACAGGACUCUUCCUCUCGGCGCUGCUGGGCCACACCUCCGCCGUGCAGCACCUGCUGACCUAUGGCGCCAACCCCAACCACCGUUCCCAGGAUGGCAGCACGCCUGUGCACGCCGGCGCCUUCUCAGGCCGAGGCCUGGUGAUGCUGCAGCUGCUGCGGGCGGGGGGUGACCUGCGUCUGCAUGACCAGCAGGGUCGAACGCCUCGGGACUGGGCAGAGCAGGGUGGCACCAGGCAGAGCAGGGAGAUGCUGGAGCUGUUACAGCUCUGCCAUGCCCACGUUUCAGCCCUCAUGCAUGGUGGGGAGCUGGUGCCCAUUUUGAUGCUAGGCCGGCUGCCCACCUGCUCCAGACACAGCCUGUGUGGUCCCCUGCCCCUGGUGCAGCUGGCACAAGCAGACAGGACACUGAGGCCGGAGCAGAUCAGGAGAACUCUCCACAUGCCAGCCUUGGGGUUUGGCCGGCUGAGCAGCCUGUGGCCUCUGGGGUUGGUAACAGGCAUACCCCUCGCGGACCCCAAGGAGCUGCUGCCAGCCCAGGGCGAGCCUGACCGCACCUACGAGAGCAGCUCCCACACCCUCAUGGCCAACCUCCUGUGGAGGGGCCACCCUGUGACCGUGAGGCAGUUGAAGGCAACUGGAGCCCAGCCCGACGUGUUGGUGGCUGACCUCCAGCACUGCAGCUCCCUGCACCACCCUAACCUGCUGCUGCUGAUGGCUCUCAGCCCCUCAGCUGACCUGUCUGGGCUGCGCCUCCUCUUCGAACCUGUGUGGCUGGGCUCCCUGCACACCAUGCUGCACCCACAGGCCCAGAGUGAGAAGGGCCCCCAUCCUUUGCCUGGCCUGCCACCUGGCCGCCUCCUACUGCAGGUGCUGGAGGCCCUGCUCUUCCUGCAGGCCCGCUGGCGUGCACACGGCGGCCUCAGCUCCCACGCUGUGCAGCUGGUGCGGCCAGGCCUGGCCAAGGUUGGCAGUCUGGAGCAUGGGCGCCCUCUGCACCAGAGCUGGCCCAGGUCACAACAGGGCUCUCCCUGGGGAGGCCUAGGGCUGCCCCCACCCCCCGAGCUGUACCCAUGGCUACCUCUGGAGCUCAUCUGCGGUGACCCACCCACCACCACCUCAGACCUCUACAGCUUCUGCAUACUGGCCCAGGAGGUUUUCACCGGAGAGCUGCCCUGGGCUGAGAGAAGUGGGCCUGAAGUAAAAGCUAAAUUGGAGGCAGGUGAGAGCCCGACCCUGGACCCCCUGGUGCCAGCCCCCUACCGGGCCCUGGUUCAGGCUGGGCUGGGCCUUGGGCCUGCUGACCGCUGGGGCAGCCUGCAGAGCACUCGAUACCUGCUGCGUGAGGCUGUGGCCCAGGACUCGGCUCCGGGGUUGGGUCCCCCUCUGGAAUGCACUACACUGUGCCCUGCAGCCCAGGGCUCCCCAGCAGAGACACUGUGCUGCAAAGUGGCUCCCAGCACCAAGACUAAGCCAGAGUCUGUGUCCCCUGUUCUCCAGGUUCUGGAGACCCCUGAGGCAAAAGGUUACAGUGGCGUCCAGAGGGGUGUAACCUGGGCCUCUAGCAGCAGCCUGAUGUUAGCCAGCAGCCUGAAUUCCAGCCCCAGCCUCUGCCUAAGCCACGCCCCCCCAGCCAGGGCCCACCUGUCCUAUUGCUUGGAGCCCCCCCUGACGGCACCCAGUACCGAGCUGAUAGAAGGAGGUCUCUUCUCCAGUCUGCAGAAGAUGGAUCUGCUGGAGGAGAUCUUAGCAGAGCUCCAAGGUGGAGACCAAAUCAGAGACAGACCCAGCCUCAAUCCUGCUCCUGACAAUGACUCUUAGGAUGCCUACGGCUUCCUCUCUGCCGACAUCCCAGGAGUGAUCCCCCUACUUGGCACUUAGAUAAAUAAUAAGGAAAUAAAAUGAUAAACCAACCCA